AUUUCUAAAUUAUAUCCAUGGUCCAUCUUCCUCAAUCAGCGCACCCUAACAUAUCUUAUGUUUCGAUAUGUCGGUUUCAGCUCUCGACAUUUCAUCUCCCCACUCUUCGUCUUCGUCUUUUCAUCUCUUACAAGGUUGAUUCUAAUUAUGCGUAAUCAAAGACAUUACUGAUUUUGAUGGAUUAUUUACCGGAGCAGUUAGUUUGGGAGAUCUUGAGCAGGAUUAAGAAAACCACUGAUAGAAACUCCGUGUCUUUGACAUGUAAACACCUGAACGGAUUGGAUAAUGAACAGAGGCAAUCCCUUCGGGUUGGUUGUGGAUUAGACCCUGCUAAUGAAGCUUUGACUUCUCUCUGCAGUAGGUUUCUCAACUUGACAAAGGUAGAGAUAACUUACGCCGGUUGGAUGUCCAAACUAGGAAAGCAGUUGGAUGACCAAGGGCUUCUUGUUCUUUCCAAUUACUGCCCUUCUUUGGUUGAUCUCUCACUAAGCUACUGCACAUUCAUCACUGAUGUGGGCCUUGGUUAUUUGUCUUCUUGCUCAAAGCUGAAAGCUUUGAAGUUGAAUUUCACCCCAAGAAUAACUGGCUGUGGCAUAUUAUCUCUUGUUGUGGGCUGCAAAAAUCUCACUGUUCUCCAUCUCAUCCGAUGUUUAAAUGUUAGCAGCGUCGAGUGGCUUGAAUAUCUUGGCAGGCUUGAGACACUUGAAGAUCUCUCAAUCAAGAAUUGUAGAGCUAUUGGGGAGGGCGAUAUGAUUAAGCUAGGUGCUAGUUGGAGAAAACUGAAACGCUUGCAAUUUGAGGUGGAUGCUAAUUACAGAUAUAUGAAAGUCUAUGAUCGCUUAGCUGUGGAUCGAUGGCAAAAGCAGUGGGUUCCUUGUGAGAAUAUGGUGGAACUUAGCUUGAUAAAUUGCAUCAUCAGCCCAGGGAGGGGACUUGCUUGUGUGAUGGGGAAGUGCAAGAAAUUGGAGAAGAUUCACUUGGACAUGUGUGUUGGGGUACGGGACUGUGACAUAAUAGGCUUAGCCCAAAAUUCAAGUAAUCUUCGCUCCAUUUACCUCCGAGUCCCGUCAGAUUUCUCACUUCCUCUUCUGAUGAAUAACCCUUUGAGACUAACCGAUGAAUGCCUAAAUGCCUUGUCCAGUAACUGUUCAAUGCUUGAAUCUGUCAGGAUAUCUUACUCUGAUGGGGAAUUCCCUUCCUUUUCCUCAUUUACAUUACAUGGAAUCAUUACUUUGAUUCAGAAGUGCCCUGUGCGGGAACUUGCUUUUGACCAAGUGUAUUCCUUCAAUGACACUGGGAUGGAAGCUCUUUGCUUUGCUCAGCAUCUUGAAACAUUGGAGCUUGUCAGGUGCCAAGAGAUAAGCGAUGAAGGGCUGCAACUUGCAGUCCAGUUUCCGCGAUUGUCUGUUCUGCGUUUAAUCAAGUGUUUGGGAGUUUCUGAUGAAGGUUUAAGGCCACUAGUAGGUUCAUUCAAACUGGAAACGUUGGCUGUGGAAGAUUGCCCCCAAGUCUCUGAAAGAGGAGUAUUUGGAGCUGCAAGAUCUGUUUCUUUCAGACAAGACCUGUCAUGGAUGUACUGAACUAGUUACUGGACCGGGUAAAUAGUAUUGAAGCUUGUUUAGUUUCUGCAGCAUUCAGUUAUCCACUGGUUGUAAUUAAUGUACAUGGCUAUUGUGUUGUGAAUGUUUUGUUUUAUGUUUGUUUGUAAUUAAACCUCAUGAUUGUUUGAAUAAACUAAUGUGUUCAUUGAUUCA